AAGGUUGAAAAUUCUCAUAAGGUACAUGUGACCUAAAUAGCAAUUGACCAGGUUGAUGCAAGUUAUCAGUAUCCAAUAAUUAGUAGGAUGUUGUCAACAGGCGAGCAAACAUCUCUAGUGGAGAUUCGUUGCUUAUAUCCACACACACAAAACUCUGUUGUUGCUUAAUAGAAUGUCUAAAGUUGGCUCAUCUGGUAAUCCCAUGCAGCUGAGAUCAUAUACAUGAAACUAAUCAUGCAUGCAUUGAACUUUAAUAUUUUAUCAGUCUUGUUUUAGUGAGAACUCUACAACAACAGUCAGAAAUGGGACAACAGGGACAGGUUCAUCAUGCAUGCAGAGCUGCUACGUAACCUUGUUUGAACUGUUCUAAUACUACUAUCAAAUGAUUCUGAUGAUGUUAUUACAGGCAGUAGUGCUGUGGCCAAUGAGAGAGAGAGAGAGAGAGAGAGAGAGGAGUUGCUUCCCAAGAGCUCCAUUUGCCCAACGCCUUCCUCUUCUUUCCUCGUUUCUCAUGCGUACAGAAGUGUCCACAAAACUGACACGCUUCCUCUUCCCUUCGCCUCUUCGGCAAUGUUUUGUGUCGUUAACACGUCCCCGGCUUCCCACAUUGCUCUGCUUUCUUUCUUCUUUCCUAUAUGAACACCUCGAAGGCCCAUCGAGUUUCGUUCUCUUCUGGUUUUAGUCCUGUCAAAGAACACCCAUUUCUCUCUUCGUCUCUCCUUCCUUUAUAGCCUCGUCUUAUCAUCCUCAGAGUCCAUAGACCCUCGCCUCGUUUUCUUUGAUUUGUUCUUCGAAGGAGAAGCCAAAUUUGAUCUUUCUGUUCUUCCUCUCCCUCCCCCUGCAUUUGAUUUCUGCUGAUCGUCUCUCCUUCUUCCUCCACUUUUAACGCUUUUAAUCGGGAAAAAACUCGACUUUGAUGGGCGCUCACCACAGCAAGAGGCCCGACACGCCGUCGGUCCUCUUGGACGACGGCGGCGGCGGAGGCGGCAAGGCCGACAUCCGGUACGUGGCGGAGCUGAGCUCCUACGAGGCCGCCUGCCGCCUCGACCCCGAGCUGCAGGGCUUCGACUCCACGCUGCAGCGGUGUACCAGCCGCGUCAUCUCCUCCCUCGCCCUCGGCGUCGAGGUCCGCUCCCUCUCCCUCGACUCCCUCCGCGAGAUCACCGGCUGCCUCCUCGAGAUGAACCAGGAGGUGGUGAAGGUCAUCCUGGAGUGCAAAAGCGACAUCUGGAAGACCCCCGAGCUGUUCGGCCUCGUCGAGGACUACUUCGAGAACAGCCUGCACACCCUCGACUUCUGCGCCGCCCUCGAGAAGUGCCUCAAGAAAGCCCGCGAUGGCCAACUGAUCAUCCAAGUCGCCCUGCAGCACUUCGCCGAGGAGGAAGCCGAACCCGAACCCGAACCCCAAAAGGACGCCAAGAAGAAGUACUCGAGGACACUGGAGGAGCUGCGGCUAUUCAAGGCAGCCGGCGAUCCCUUCACCGAGGAGUUCUUCCAGGUCUUCCAGUCCGUCCACGGGCAGCAGCUGCUGAUGCUGGAGAAGCUGCAGCAGAGGAAGAACAAGCUGGACAAGCAGCUAAGGUCCAUCAAGGCAUGGCGGCGCGUGUCGAGCACAAUCUUCGCGGCCACCUUCGCGGCCGUCCUGAUCUGUUCGGUGGUGGCGGCCGCGGUGGCCGCGCCUCCGGUCGCCGCGGCCCUGGCCGCCGCCGCGUCGAUCCCGAUCGGGUCGAUGGGCAAAUGGAUCGACUCGUUGCUGCACGACUACCAGAAUGCGGUGAAGGGGCAGCGGGAAGUGCUGAGGUCGAUGCAGGUGGGCACCUACGUCGCCAUCAAGGACAUGGAGAGCAUUCGGGUGCUCAUCGACAAGGUGGAGAUGGAGAUGGCCUCGCUGCUGGCUGAUGCAGAGUUCGCCAUGGAGGACGCACAGGCGGUGAGCAUUGCGAUGGAGGAGAUCAAGAAGAAGGUGGAGGUGUUCAUGAGGAGCGUGGAGGAGGUGGGGGAGCAGGCCGACGGAUGCAGCAGGGACAUCAGGAGAGCCAGAACGGUGGUUCUGCAGCGCAUAAUUAGGAAUCCAGAAUGAAGGAAGGAAACCCAUGCCAUCCAUCAUUCUCUCAUUCACCAUCUGUUAACGCCACAUGAUUUCUUGAAUUUUCUUGUUGAUCUGUACCUACCUUCUUAUGUAUUGCAUGUAUCCCUUCAAAAUUAGUAAUUUCAUGUUUAUUCCUUUUUAUUCAA